AUGGCGGUGGCAGAUGACAAGAAGAUCUCGGAGUUGGUGGCGCAGCUGCCUCCCGGGUGGUUCUCCUUCGAGUACUUCCCCCCCAAGACCCCGGAGGGAGUGGAGAACCUGAGGAAGCGCAUUGUGAAGAUGAAGGCCUUGGGCCCCCUCUUCACGGACUUCACCUGGGGCGCCGGCGGCUCCACCUCCGAGCUCACGCUGAAGCUCACCUCCGCAGCGAAGAACGAGUUCGGCUGUGUGGCCAACAUGCACCUCACCUGCACGAAUCAGAGCUCGGAGAUGACCGGGAAUGCCCUGAAGGACUGCAAGGCCCACGGCGUGCGGAACAUCGUGGCGCUGCGCGGAGAUCCCCCCCGGGGCCAGGAGAAGUGGACGGCCACGGAGGGCGGCUUCAGCAGCGCCCUGGACUUGGUGCACUUCAUCCGGAAGAACCACCAGGACUACUUCUCUAUCUCCGUGGCAGGAUACCCGGAGGGCCACCCGGACAACAUCGAGGAAGUGCCCAGCUUCGACUCCCUCACGGCCUCCGAGAAGCGCCGCGCGCGGAUCGCGAAAUCCGAGGGCAAGGAGGUGAUCACCGUGUGCAAGGACGCCAACUUCCACAAGGAGAUGGUGUACCUCAAGGAGAAGGUGGACGCCGGGGCGGAGUUCGUGAUCACCCAGAUGUUUCUGGACCCUGAGGUCUUCCUGGACUUCCAGAAGGAGUGCCUCAAGUACGACAUCAAGGUGCCGAUUGUGCCGGGCAUCAUGUGCCUGAACACCUACGGCGGCCUGGUGCGGAUGACUGAGCUCUGCAAGACCCGGGUGCCGGCGGGUCUGAUGGAGCGCGCGGAGAAGGCCAACACCUCGGACGAGGCCUUCAAGCAGUUCGGCAUCCAGGAGAGGGGUGGUGCUGUGCAAGGCUCUGCUGGAGGGCGGAGCCCCCGGCCUCCAUUUCUAUACGCUGAACCUGGAAAAGGUGGUCGUGGGCAUCCUGAAAGGUCUGGGGAAGAUCACCGAGGACCAGGCCAAAGCCUUCUCCCAGGUGGAGGCAGACGCCAAGUUCAUGGUCUCCGCCCAGGGCAUCACCACCGGCACCAAGGCCAAUGCGCGCCCGGAGCUGCCGGGGAACCGGCCCCUGCAGCAGGUGGACCCGGUGAUGUACGACCUGGUGCAGCAGGAGGGAAAGCCCGUCAGACGCGGUGUGUGGAGCUGAUCGCUUCGGAGAACUUCACCUCCCGGGCGGUCAUGGAGAGUGCCUGGGCAGCGCCCUCACCAACAAGUACUCCGAGGGCCAGCCAGGGGCCCGCUACUACGGAGGCAACGAGGUCAUCGACAAGGUGGAGAACCUGUGCAAGGAGCGCGCUCUGA